AUAUAAAACACACAAACACUCGCGCAAACACAAAAUAAACAAAUACCCCAUGGUACUCUGCUUGAACCCCCUGACUUUGUCUGUAGUCCACUUUCCCUUCACUUUCUCUGUUCCACUACUGACUCCACCAAAACCCCACAACACACCCUUCUCAUGUUGAAUGAUCAAACACCUUCCACAAGCCAUGGCACAGAGCAACACCACACUGAGAGUGCAGAAAACGAACCACAAAUCAGAGAAAUCUACGCCUUAACUCCACCCCCAAGAAGAGAACCAAACUUUGAAACACACACACAUAGCCACAGCCACGACUCAUCUUCUGUGUCCAUAGAAGGUGGUUCCAGCGAGAACUUCAGCAUGAGUAGAGAAUUCAGUGCCCUCGUUCUAGCAGGCUCAAGCAUCGAAAACAACAUCACCACCCCAAGUCAAAUGAGCUUGAACACGAUGCAUGGCAAUGAAGAAGGUGUUAAUAGUCACACUAACAGCAACAACAAUUAUAAUAACAAUAACAAUAUUAAUAAUAAUAGCUACAACAACUUGGGGAGGAUUGGAGAGGAUGAGAUGUUGAUGAUGGAGGAGACUAACCCUUUGGCGAUUGUGGCGGACAUCAACCCUUUGGAGGCGGUUUCGUCGUCGUCCCCUCCGAGGCGUGGUGGAGGGACUUCUUCUGGUUCAGGUGGUGCUCUUAAUGAGGUGACAGUGCAGAGAGUGAGGAAGGAGGAGGUUGAGGCAAAGAUAUCGGCGUGGCAGAACGCCAAGGUUGCUAAGAUCAACAACAGGUUCAAGAGGGAAGAUGCUGUUAUCAAUGGGUGGGAGAAUGAGCAGGUUCAGAAAGCAUCUUCAUGGAUGAAGAAAGUUGAGAGGAAGCUGGAAGAGAAAAGAGCAAGAGCACUGGAGAAAAUGCAAAAUGAUGUAGCAAAAGCCCAUAGAAAAGCUGAGGAGAGGAGGGCAUCAGCAGAGGCUAAAAGGGGAACUAAAGUAGCCAGGGUUCUGGAGAUUGCCAACCUCAUGAGAGCAGUUGGAAGAGCACCUACUAAAAGAUCUUUCUUUUAAAUUAUAUAAAAUAAAUGUUAUGUUUUGAAACCACAGACAAAAGUGACGAAAAAGAGAAACAUAGAGUGAAAAAGAUUAUGAGCAUAAUAGAUGACAUAGUGUGAUAAGAGCCCCUGUUCCUUUUAAAUUUAACUUAAAGGGUUAAAGAGGGCUUGCAGUGAGAUAAGCAGUAUAAA